AUCAAAACGUUAAUCGCCAUAGGUGAGUAAAGUGUAAUUUUCUCAAGUUCAUCGUGGUACCAAUCCAGAAGAAUCAAACACUUUCUCUGCGGAGCGGAGGAACAGAAUCACCGCCUCCGCUGAUUCAUCCUCCACCGUAAUCGGCGGCAAUCAAAGCAGCUCCCUAGGUAUUUGACGAAGAAGCAGUUUCUAAUUCAUCUGCAAAAACAGCGUUUUUCAUUUUCGCAGUUUCUUAUUCAUCUCCAACUGCAAUGUCGAAGGAUACAGACCCUGCUAAUCUAUCGCGCACCUUCAAGUACCUAUUAGCUACUCAGUUCUUGUCAAGGGGAAUUCCAUUUAUAUUCAAUACAUGGAUUGUCAGGCAUCUUACACAGGAGGACUAUGCGCUCUAUGCGGUGCAAUUUCAUCUGUUUGUCACAUGUGUCUUAUUUCUUAGCCGGGAGGGCUUCCGAAGAGCAUGUAUGCGGAUGGACAUAAGACGUGAUGGCACUUCAAUGGAAGAAGAUGUUGUGAAGCUAAUGAAAGUAGUGUGGAUGAGUCUCCCGCUUGGAAUAUUUAUUACAAUUGUUGCUUGCCUUCUUGUCUUCUGGUGGCAAGACAUAAGUUAUUCUACUCCACAUGGGCAAGCUAUCUUGAUCAAUGGUUGUGCUUGCAUUUUGGAGCUUUUGGCUGAGCCUUUGUAUAUUCUUUCACAGAACUUGGUGUUGCUUGAAUUACGGUUGAUGGUUGAGACACUAGCUACUCUCUCACGGUGCUUGACGAUGUACUUCCUAAUUGUGAAGCAAACUGGAAUGGAAAAAUCAAUCAUAUUUGCUUUGUCACAGUCUGCAUAUGGAGUCUGCUUAUUUCUAGGUUAUUGGGGCUAUAUGGUUCUUUUACGCAAAUUUAGAUAUUCUUACCUUUUCCCAUUCAGAGAAAGGAAAGUGAUUGGUUUUGACCGACAGCUGUCCAAAAUGUGUAUGCUAUUUACCUUUCAAUCCUAUCGGAAGUUGAUCCUUCAAGAAGGAGAAAAAAUGGUGCUUGUGUGGUUGGACACACCAUAUAAUCAAGCUGUAUAUGGCCUUGUGGACAAAUUAGGUAGCUUAGUGGUGAGACUUCUCUUUUUACCUUUUGAAGAAAGUUCAUAUACAACAUUUGCAAGGUUUGCUUCAGGACAAUACCCAGGAAAAAGCAAGAAAUUAGGAAACUGCUUGACAGAGUCCCUGAAGCUAGUUUUGUUGAUUGGCCUUGUUUUUAUUGCAUUUGGUCCAAGUUAUUCUUAUUCACUCAUUAGAUUGUUGUACGGCCAAAAAUGGAGUGAUGGAGAAGCAGCAACUGCCCUCCGCUAUUAUUGCUUUUAUGUCAUUGUUUUGGCUAUGAAUGGAACCUCUGAAGCCUUUAUGCAUGCAGUUGCAACAGAGAGCCAACUCAAGCGAUCAAAUGAUUCACUGCUUGUAUUCUCUUUGAUCUAUAUAGCUUUGAACGUCUUACUAAUAAAGUUAUCUGGGGCAGUUGGCUUGAUUAUUGCAAAUUCUCUGAAUAUGACUUUGAGGAUUUUAUACUCUGCAAUAUUCAUAAAGAAUUACUUCAAGGGAUCUUCUUCCUUUUCUUUCUGUGACUGCUUGCCUUCAGGAUGGAUUAUUCUGUUACUUUCAGGUGUAAUCACUCUCAUCUCUGAGAAUGUAUUUCUGGACCAAGAUAAUUUCUGGCCAUCAUUUAUGAUCCAUUUCUCCGUUGGGCUGGCUUGCUUCUGUGUGUCAGCAUAUGUGAUCUAUUGUCGGGAAAAACCUUUCAUCAAAAGAAUUACUCGCUUUCGUGAUCACUCGGACUGAAGACUUCUGCUACUAUUUAACUGUGAGGUGAGUGUAGGUAGAAAGUCUUAUGGUGGAAAUGGAUUCUCAGGUGGAAAUUUCUGUAGUCAGGGUUGCUUUCACCCAUUGCUCAUGGCAUUCCUCUGCUGCUGCGUAGUCCAGGUUGGAGGACAUGUUAGGUGCAUGUCCUCGAUAUCCCAUUGUUCCUAUCUUUUGAGGGAGGAAGCUUAUGAAACUUCUUUUCUUAGAAUGAUUUUGUAAUUUGUGUUUUGGGCUUUGGUCCCAUUUAAUUGAAAAAAAAGAAGUUGAGAAGGCCAUUGGAUUUUCUCGUUGCCUUCUUGGGUGUUACUUUUGGCACCCCAAAUUUUUUACUCAAUCAAAGAUUGUUUCCAAUUAACUUUGGGAAACAACUAGAUUGUCAAACAAAAUUAAUUUCCCGGAAUUGAGGGAUUGGGUGAGUAGAAAAACGGGGGUGAAAGAAAUCACCUGCGUUCGGUAUUAAUA